AUGGAUUUUUUUAAAAUUGCAAUUAAAAAUUUUUUUAUUAAAAUAAUAAUAAUAAUUACGGCGACUUACAUUCAAGUUUGUCACAGAGAUGAACCCAAUAUUGAUUCUUGCGUAUUAAAUUCAUUGAAAAAAUUACAUCCUUACAUGGUAAAAGGCAUACCCACUUUGGAUAUUCCACCAUUGGAUCCUUUUAAACUGGAAGAAACUUUACUGGAAUAUCACAAUGGACAAAUCCAUGCUAAAUUCGGUAUAAGAGAUUAUUCGUUAUACGGUUUAAGAGAUCUUCAAUAUCAAAACGUCAGAACUUACCUGGACGAUUUAGACGAUUUUAGACUUGAAAUAGAUGUUUUCAUACCGAAAAUAAAAAGCGACGGACGUUAUAAAUUGCAAGGGAAAUUUGUCAAAUCCGAAUUUGGGGGAAAGGGAAAUUUUAACGUGUCAAUGAGUAACAUAAAGGCAACGUGGGCAUUUACCGGAUCCCAAGUUAUUAUUGACGGUGUAAGAUACAUGAAAAUAAAUAAUUUAGACAUGGAACCCGUUGUCGGUGAUAUGAAAGUUUACGCAUCUAAUUUAUUUAGCGGAAACGAAGCUUUGUCAAAAACGGCUUUGAGACUUUUCAAUCAAAAUUGGAGACUCGUUUACAAAGAACUUCUUCCGUACAUAAAAAAAGAUUGGGAUAAAAUAAUGACGGAAAUUGCAAAUCGCGUUUUUAUGAAAGUUCCAUUCGAUGAAAUUUUCCCAACAUCGUAA